GAGUGACCAGGUUACCAUUCUGUUCGGUGCACAGAAGGCACAGAAGUUCUAUGCUCAUGGACGCUCAUGGACCGCUCAUGGACGAAGCAAUGAAGUGUUGAACGUAGCUGUGGGUGUUUGAUGUGGUGUGUGGAUAAGGCUAGUGUAAUUCGUGUAGUAAAUAGCUGAUAGAAAUGUCUCUCCUUCAAACUUUGAUGGACAAAUUUUGGAAUCCAGAUGUGUGGCUGCCACCAAACGUUACUUGGGCAGAUUUAGAACCGAAUGAUAAAAUAGCUUAUGCCGAAUACAGACAUCUAGUAAUACCGCUGCCGUUAGCAGUUGUGCUGUUGGUUCUAAGAUUUAUUUUGGAAAGAUAUUGGUUUGCUUCUGUUGGAAUUUCUCUGGGCAUCAAAAAUACGAAACCAAAGAAGGCGCCUCCAAAUGAAAUUUUGGAGAGGGCAUAUUUAUCAAAAGGAAAAAUUAAGCAUAAACAGAUUGUGGGACUGGCUAAACAAGUGGAAUUGUCAGAGAGGCAAGUGGAACGCUGGUUAUGUCUCAGACGUUCACAGGAUAAACCUUCAACAUUAACAAAGUUUUGUGAGACAUGUUGGCGAUGCUUAUACUAUACAUGCUCAUUCUCAUAUGGUGUGUUCUGUUUAUGGGAAAAGCCAUGGUUAUGCGACAUUAACCAUAGUUGGUAUGGUUAUCCUCACCAGAGCAUCACUUCUGACUGCUGGUGGUAUUACAUGAUCUCACUGGCAUUCUAUUGGUCACUGACAGUAUCACAGUUCUUUGACGUAAAGCGGAAAGAUUUCUGGCAGAUGUUUAUACAUCACAUAGCUGCCAUAUGCCUUAUGGGAUUCUCAUGGGUGUGCAACCUCCAUCGCAUUGGAACACUGGUGCUUCUCACUCAUGAUUGUUCUGAUAUUUUCCUUGAGGCAGCCAAAAUGGCAAAAUAUGCAAACUACCAGAGAGUAUGUGAUGCAUUGUUUGUAUUAUUUACGAUACUGUGGAUUAUAACACGUCUUGGCGUCUUUCCUAUGUGGAUCAUUUACAGUACAGCCAUUGAGGCUCCAAAUUAUGUGGAAAUGUUUCCUGCAUACUACGUUUUCAACUCCCUGCUUUUACUGCUACUGGUUCUACAUUUAUUUUGGACUUACGUGAUACUGAAGAUUGCUUACAAGUCCAUGGUUGCAGGACAGAUGGAGGGAGACAUCCGGAGCUCUUCGAGUGAUGAGGUCUCUGGUGAAUCUGAUAACCAUGCCAAUAUAUCUCCAUCACCAAAUAGCCUUCAUUUACGCAGCAAUUCCAGAACAGGAGCUGAUCAGUAACCUCUGCUUUCUUUAAAUUUUUCAUAAGAGAGGUUCCAAUCUUCAUGAAAAGUCCACAUAGGCAGUUGUGAAAAUUGAGUCGAUGGAUGAUGAGAUAGAUUUUGUAUGUAAACAUCACACUGGACAGUGAGAUUUCUGGGGAUAACUGUGAUUAUUUUGCUAGUAUAAGUUAUUUACAUGAAGAUGUAACUCUAUAAUCCUUCAUGUACAUGGAAAUGAGUUCUUAAAACCAUAGAAUAUGCAUUUCUUUCUCUUUCAUUUAAUCUUACACAGAAUACCAUGUUUCUUGUUGUUCUUCAUUGCUUAAUGUACAUACAAGAGCUGUCACUUCAGUUUGUACAGAUCAGUGAGUGCUAUGUUUUAUAGAUUAAAAUUUAUAGGAAUCUCAGGAAUAGCUGUGGAUAACUACAUGAAAUUGUAAUGGUUAUCCGAACUUAAAUUUCAGCAUUGAGCAUUUACUUUCCAAAGUGGUAUUUUCCUGUGUAUGUGGAAUAUAUUCAUAUUGGUCAGAAGUACUUAAUGUUACUUCAGUAGUUCCACAGAUCCAUGGCAGAACAAAUGAGUGAAGAAAUCUAAAUCUUGUAUGUUUGUAAAACUGUUUAUGUAGUACACAGUCCGUCAACAGUGCAACAAAUUGUUCCUUCUUUCUUACACUUUCACUUUCGACACGCCAUUUUUUGGCCCUAUAUGGCCAUGUUCAGGUGUCUUACGAUGCUAAAACUGCUACACUGCAGUAAUAUUAUCCAUUUGUCACAUGCAACUGCAUGCUUCAUGAUUAUAAACGUCAUAAUCGUAAUCUAACUGGUAUGCGCUAAAAUAGCACACGCUAUAGUUCACUUAAUUUAAAUCAAAUAAAGUCAAUUAAAAUUUUCUUUCAGUUUUGUAAAAUUCUUAUUACACCUCACAAGGGGUGUCGUCCACUUGUUUAGAUCUGUCAUUUUCUUCAGAUGUUUUAUUGUGGCAGCCUGUUUUUCUGUUGUAACAGGGAAGAAAGGAAAAUAUAUGAAUACACUUGAAAAGUAUAAUAUUUAUGAAAUCAGUAGGAAAAAUCUAUUUAUUUAUUUAAUUUCUGUUGAUUCAUACUCGUACAACCAUUGGAUGUAGAAAAGUAAAAAAAAACGAAUAUAAAACAGAACAAUAAUAAUAAUGAUAAUAAGACAUGCAAUCAUUAAAAUAUUUUGUCAAAAAAAAAAAAAUAGUAGAACACUGUAAAUAUUGAUACAAUGAUGUUACGAUUACCAUCAGAAAUACUUAUCUAGUUGUAUGCAUAAAAAACUCAUCCACAGUAUAAAAAGAAUGCUCAUGCAAAUAAUUUUAAUGUUUUUUAAAACUUUUAAUAUCACAUGCCAAGUCCUUAAUAUCAGCUGGGAGUUGGUUAUAUAUCUUAACGCCUGCGUAGGUGGGACUUCUAUGAAACAUCGUCAAGUGAGUCAUUACUUGAAAAAAAAUAGAAUUAUUCCUGAUAUUAAAAUUAUGAAUUUCAGAAUUUUGUCUAAACAGUGAUUUGA